CCCAGGUGGCAGGAGUGGGCGGGGCACCCGCCGAGCUCUGAGGGCCUCACCAGCCCAGGCUCACUCUGCGCAUCCCUCAGUGCUUGUGGUUACUUGGCCCUCGCUGUCACCUUCCAAACCCCAGGCUGGCCACUUCUGAAGCCCCUGACGCCAUGGAGGAGUGGGAUGUCCCCCAGAUGAAGAAAGAGGUAGAGAGCCUCAAGUACCAGCUGGCCUUCAAGAGGGAGAUGUCCUCCAAGACCAUCCCAGAGCUCCUCAAAUGGAUCGAGGAUGGGAUCCCCAAGGACCCCUUCCUGAACCCUGACCUGAUGAAGAACAACCCCUGGGUGGAGAAGGGCAAGUGCGCCAUCCUGUGAGCCAGACACAGUGGGUGUAAGGUGUGACUUUAUAAAGACUUCUCCAGUCAGUGUC